AUGUGGUUAGUCAGUGAGCGUCGGGGCCGAGCCGACGGCGAGGGUUCGGAACACGAGCUGCGAAGUGCGGGAGAGCGCUGGUCGCUCAGCCAGCGCGCCGGCCACAGCACGGUGGAGUUCAAGAGCGCGGCGUGCGCGGGGGCCAGCGAGCCGCCCGCGCCGCCCCUGGCCGCGCUGCCGGACCCGCAGCAGUUCAACAUUUUCCCGGCCUUCUUCAGCCGGCAGCUCAACUUCACGGGUGGAGGUGGCUGCGGCCAAGGCUCCAAGAUCAUGGAAGAGUUGAGGCCGAACUUGGUCGGUGGUCUUCUCGGAGUGCCAGGUUUACUAGAUGAGCACCAGUCGGAUGCCAAGUUCUUACCAUCUGGUGGUGAGAGCAAGUACACUCCUGACAAGGGGCGGAAGUGCAGCAAUGCGUCGUCGUCAUCUGCUGAGGAGUUCGGUGGGCUGUAUGGUGGAGAACACGCGGCGACGCCACCUGCGCCGCCUCUUAGUCGUUCCUUACAGGAUCACUCAGCGGAAGGUGCUUUCAAAAAAUUAAAACCUGAGCCCGGCGGGAACAACACGGGAUCUUCUGGGGGCACGUCAGCAUUAUCACCGGCGCUGGGUCCGCAGCAUGCCGGCCAUACGCCCACAACAGCAUCCUGUCCAACACCUGCAAGACGCCGUCACAGGACCACCUUCACACAAGAACAAUUAGCGGAAUUAGAAGCAGCAUUCGCAAAAUCACAUUACCCGGACAUUUACUGCAGAGAGGAGCUGGCGCGGACGACCAAACUCAACGAGGCCAGGAUACAGGUGUGGUUUCAAAACCGACGCGCGAAGUAUAGGAAGCAAGAAAAGCAGCUGCAAAAAGCAUUAGCACCAGCGGUGCUGCCAGGCUGUAAUGGUAUGAUGCGCAACAUCCAAGGGUACAGAGGGUACCAGCCUUACCCGCACCCUAACACCAUCAACAGAUAUCCACAGCACCAUGGCAGCUACGAGGAGUUACAGAAAGAUAUUUUCUCUCUAUCCCAAAUGGGUGGCGGCUCCUAUCCCAUGCCGCAGGGUUUCUCCAUGGGUCAUAGCGCCAACAUGAGCGCUGUUGGCAUGCGACAGGACACAAUGGGCAUGAGCGCAGAAGACGAGUGGUACAACAAGUCGCUGUCAGCGCUGCGGAUGAACAGCGGCCACCACGCGAACCUGGCGGCGGCGCCCAUGCUGCAGUACCAGACCUAAUCGCUGCUGCACGGCGCCGACUACACGCCGGCGCCGGCGCACGACUAUGCUCCACCGUAGUCGCCGCUGCCUGAACACAGCAUAACUACGAUCAGUAGUUCAACUGCGUACAAUA